UGGCUGAGGCCGGGGAGGUCACUGGGCUGCUGGACUGGCUGCUGUCACACGCGCUCCGCGCCCUGGCUCCGCUCGGCGCUCUCCCGCGCGCAACCGGGCGCACGGCGCACACUCGCGCUCUCGGACUCAGCCCGGACCCUCCGUAGCAGCCGAAUUUGGGAGCAUCGCCGUGUCGCUGCAGCCAGCAAGCCCCUCCAGCGCCUAUCAGAGAGGUCACAUGGGCCCCGGGGUCACCUGCCCGUGGAGCGGCCGCCUGCCUCGCCUCCAGGUGAGGACCUGGAUCGAGCCCGUGGUGGCCGCGACCCAGGUGGCCUCCUCGCUCUACGACACGGGGCUACUGCUCGUGCUUAAGGCGUCCUUCGGAGGCGGAGGCUCCUCCAACCACAGCGCCAGCCCGUCGCCGCGGGGGGCUCUGGAAGACCAACAGCAGAGGGCCAUCUCCAAUUUCUACAUCAUCUACAACCUCGUGGUGGGCCUGACGCCCCUGCUGUCCGCCUACUGGCUGGGCUGGCUCAGCGACCGCUACCACCGCAAGAUCUCCAUCUGCGUGUCGCUGCUGGGCUUCCUGCUCUCCCGCCUCGGGCUGCUGCUCAAGGUGCUGCUGGACUGGCCGGUGGAGAUGCUGUACGGGGCGGCGGCGCUGAACGGGCUGUGUGGCGGCUUCUCGGCCUUCUGGUCCGGGGUCAUGGCGCUGGGAUCCCUGGGCUCCUCCGAGGGCCGCCGCUCCGUGCGCCUCAUCCUUAUCGACCUGAUCCUGGGCGUGGCGGGGUUCUGCGGGAGCAUGGCCUCCGGGCAUCUCUUCAAGCAGAUGGCUGGGCACUCUGGCCAGGGCCUGAUACUGACGGCCUGCAGCGUGAGCUGCGCCACGUUCGCCCUCUUCUACAGCCUCCUGGUGCUGAAGGUCCCUGAGUCGGUGGCCAAGCCCAGCAAGGAGCUCCCCUCCGUGGAUACCGUGUCUGGCACCGUUGGCACAUAUCGCGCCCUAGAUCCUGAUCAGCUGGACAAGCAGAGUGUAGUGGGGCACCUUCCAUCUCCUGAAAAAGCAAAGCCCCCCAAAACCAUCCUUGCCCUGCUCUUUGUGGGUGCUAUCAUAUAUGACCUGGCAGUGGUGGGCACAGUGGACGUGCUGCCCCUUUUUGUGCUGAGGGAGCCUCUGAAAUGGAACCAAGUGCAGGUGGGCUAUGGUAUGGCUGCAGGGUACACCAUCUUCAUCACCAGCUUCCUGGGUGUCCUGGUCUUCUCCCGCUGCUUCCGGGACACCACCAUGAUCAUGAUUGGGAUGGUCUCCUUUGGGUCAGGAGCCCUCCUCUUGGCUUUUGUGAAAGAGACAUACAUGUUCUAUAUUGCUCGAGCUGUCAUGAUGUUCGCUCUCAUCCCCAUCACAACCAUCCGAUCAGCCAUGUCCAAGCUCAUAAAGGGCUCCUCUUACGGGAAGGUAUUCGUCAUACUGCAGCUGUCCCUGGCUCUGACUGGCGUGCUGACAUCUACCAUGUAUAACAAGAUCUAUCAACUCACCAUGGAGACGUUCGUGGGCACCUGCUUUGCUCUCUCCUCCUUCCUCUCCUUCCUGGCCAUCAUCCCGAUCGGCAUCGUGGCCUAUAAGCAAGUCCCAUGGUCGCAAUAUGGAGGCACCACAGAGAAAUGAAGGUGCUGACUCGUGGGAGCCGAAAACACCAGCAAUGGCCAGGCCCCCCUGACGACAAAAGAAGUGACUGGGGAACUGGUGACCAAAGCAACCCACUGCCCAAGAAGCCAGAGUUGGCCUCAGAAUGACCCAUUCUCACUCAGGGGGUCCCUGGUGGGUGGGGAAAAGCACUUUCCUGGUGACGGAAGAACUUUCUCAGCUGUAAGAUGCCCCUAUGAGGCAGAGACAAGGUUCUGCUGGCAGCAGAGCAGGAACCCAAGGGCUAGACGCAGUCUGCGUGCUGCCAUUCCAGACCCAAAAAGGGGCUUCAGGCUCCAGCUGCAGAGAGCCAGCCCCCUUUCUUCCCCCAGAGACUGUCUUGAGGGCUCCAUGGUAUGGCAACUGUCACCUGGGUGCUGUGCUGGAGUCCUGCAGGAGAGCUCAACCCAAGGCAUGCAUUUCAACACCUAGGGGGAAUGUGGAGGGGACAUUUUACAAGAACUGCCAACAGUUUUGCACAAACACCACUAUCUUUUAAAUUAAAAUAAAACCUUGAAAGAAGUUAGCUUUCUUUCCUGAGGCCUCUUUAGCUGUGAACACUCAGGAGAGCAAUGGAGCCCAGGCCCGUGGUGUCUGGGCAGUGUUACCGUUGCUUGUAAGCAGCAAAUAGCAAGAGACUUGCUCCAAUGGAAUAUUCAACUGAAUACAAUCAGCCAACAAUACUUCCCAAAGUGGGUGGUGUGGAGGAAGAGGAGAUAUAUUAAGAGCCACUUUACUUUGAGGUACUUAUUUUUAUAGGCUAUUUUUCUUGGAUCUAUAAAAGCAGACUCACCUCCUAAUAAAAUCAGCAUUCAUAGUA